UCUGCUGGGUCCCGGUGCCCCGGCCCGGCUCCGGCUGCUGGGAGCGGGCCUGGCAGCGCGGUUUCCUGCCGGGCGCAGAGCGCGGCGCGCCCGCCCCGUGCGCCCAGCUGCGGGGAUGAGAACGAGAAGCAGCGAUGGCCGGGUAGGCGAACGGAGUGCCGACACAGCCGCCGGAUGGAGCCAGCCCAGCGGAGGGAGUGGGACGGCGUGCAGGGGGGCAGCCCGCCCUCGAAGACGGCAGAGGGAGGCGAGGGCCACCCGGGCAGCCACGCCUGGCAGGACCUGGAGGUGACGGGGAUCUGGCCAGCGAGCGCCCGCUACGCCCAGCCCACGCCCAAGUGGGGCGAGGCUCCAGCCCGGGGCAGGCGGCCGGAGGGCCCGGGGGUGUCGCGCGCCCAGCCGGAGCCUCCCAAGCCAGGCCUGAGGGCGACGUGGGGUCCCAAGCUGCACUCGGCCUUGACGGGGUGGCCCCGGGGUGGGGACCCCCCGCGAGCCCCGCCCCCGAAGCCGCGGGGCCCCUACCACAGCCGGCUGGCCGGCCCCGGCUGGCUCCUCCCUCCGGAGGCACCGGGAGCGGGCAUCCCACCGUCGCCCCCUGCGGGCCAACCGGAGGACAACCUGCUGCUGAUCGACGCCCAGGGCGUGCCCUACACGGUGUCCCGGCGGGACUUGGAGGCGGGGCCGGCCCCGGCCCCCCGGCGGGCGCACUGCUGCCCCGUGUGCCGCCGGGCCUUCCUGUACCUCUCGGACCUGGAGCGGCACCGCAUCAGCCACUCGGAGCACAAGCCCCACCUGUGCCGGGCCUGCGGCAAGGCCUUCAAGCGGGCCUCCCACCUCCAGCGGCACCGGCACAUCCACACCGGCGAGCGCCCCUUCCGCUGCGCCGUCUGCCAGAAGGGCUUCCGGGAGUCGGGCGAGCUGCUGCGGCACCAGCGGGUGCACACGGGCGAGAAGCCCUACCAGUGCCCGCUCUGCCGUCUGCGCUUCACCGAGCGCAACACUCUCCGGCGCCACGCCAAGCGCAAACACGCCCGCGAGGCCUGCUACCAGGGCGCCGGGCCGGGCGCCUGGGCCGACGGGGGCGAGGGCCGGCCCGGGUGGGCGGGGGAGGGCAGCCAGGAGGUGGGGAGCCCCUGAGAGCACCGGCGGCCCGGGGGGAUGGAGCGAGGCUGAGGGUCAGGCCCCCUCAGCUGCACUGGGCUCCCUGGGGAUGGGGGCCGUCCGGGAUGGAAUUAAGUUGGGGGUCCCUGGGAGAUGGGGUCACUGGGG